AUGGGGUCGUGUUUUAGCAAGGAGGCUAACGAGAGCCGGAACGACGGCGCAGAUCUCGAUCGCCCAGCUCGGCUUCCCCAGGAAAAGGUUGUUCCUGUCCAACCAACGACCGGCGGUGGCGACGAUGAACAGCCUCAGGUUACAGCCGAUGCUGCGGCGCAAGCGCUCGCCAUGGCACGCGAGGACCCCAACGCGACAGCGGCUGCUACGGCACCGCUGGAGCUCGUCUUUUGCCGGUUCGAGUCUGGCCGCAUUGUGAGGAAGAAGCGAUUCCUAUCACAGACCUUCAUCGCCGUCUCGCACGUUUGGGGCCCCGAUGCCGACUGGGCCAAGGUGGACGGCGUCGAUGAGGAGAUCAUCGUAUCGCCAGAGAAGGCCCUCUUCAUGCAGACGCAGCUCCCAGGUCUGAUGGGCGACGCCUGGUUCUGGAUGGACGUGCUCUGUGUGGACCAGCGCGAUGCCGAUGCCCGUGUCGCCGUCACGCAGCACAUCCCGGCGGUGUUCCGCGCGGCGCAGAAGAGUCUCGUCGUGCGGGAGAGCGCGAGCUUCCGCGCGUGCUGCGCCCAGGCGGCCGGGCCCUCUCAUGCGUUCCUGGGCAAGACCAGAUACGGCAGACGACCAGACGACCAAUCGUCGGAUAUUGACUUUACCGACGAGGAGAUGGACGGCCGAGGGAAGCUGCGUGCGCACAUCGAGCAGAGCCACAAGGGAGAGUACAUGGAUGACGGCGUCCUCUCGCGACUCUGGCCGCUCCAGGAAGUCAUCUUGUCCGACACGGUCCAGUUCGCCAAGUGCGAGCCUGUGCCCGGCGACGACUUUAAGGGCCACAGCCCCUCGCGUCCCGCGCCGUCCAUGGACAAGGCCCUCACUCUCGUCGGCAGCCUCGGCAUCCUGGCGCAGACGUGGGACACGUACGCGCUCGACGACGACACCCCCAUGUGGCACCGGCUCGGCACGGGCAAGUGGUCCUUCUUCGACGCCUACUUCGGCCUCGGCUAG